UUUUCAAUUUCUCACUAUAUACUCAUCAGUCUCUUACAGCACGCAAAACCCAAAACCCUAGAAACAGAAAAUUGUCUCACUCAGAUUCCAUGGAUUUUCAACAGAACGAAUUCGAUCGUAUCUUGUUCUUCGAGCACGCACGCAAAACCGCUGAAGCUGAAUACGCCAAGAAUCCUCUCGAUGCUGAUAAUUUGACAAGAUGGGGUGGAGCUCUGUUAGAGUUGUCUCAGUUUCAGCCUUUGCCCGAGUCAAAGAAGAUGACCCUUGAUGCUAUUUCGAAGCUGGAGGAGGCUCUUUCUGUGAAUCCCAACAAGCAUGACGCUCUUUGGUGCCUGGGAAAUGCUCUCACUUCACAGGCAUUUUUAAACCCAGAUGUGGACGAGGCUAAAGUUUACUUUGACAAGGCAGCUGUGUACUUUCAACAAGCUAUUGAUGAGGAUCCUUCAAACGAACUCUACCGCAAAUCAUUGGAAGUGGCUGCUAAGGCUCCUGAGCUACAUGUAGAAAUACAUAAGCAUGGAUUAGGUCAGCAAGCAGUAGAGGCAGCUGGUCCAUCUUCUUCUGCUGGUACAAAGACUCAAAAGAAAAAGAAAAACAGUGAUAUGAAGUAUGACAUACUUGGAUGGGUAAUCCUUGCUGUUGGCAUUGUUACAUGGGUGGGAUUUGCAAAAGCGAACCUGCCACCACCACCUCCUCCACCUCCACGAUAAGCGAAGUUAUUUGAUUUGAUACAUUGUUGGUUACUGAGAAUCACAUCUGAUUUGCGCCGCCACUUAUCAUUUCGUUUUUGACUGUUGUAAUGUUUUUCAUGGUGUAACCAUUUACCCUAUUCAUCAUAUGGAAGUUUAUCGUAUAUUACUAUAAUUGAGUUGAGUAGUUAUCAAUGGUGCUUGGAUGUAGAAGGGGCUAGUCCUCCCAAUGAAAUUGUUGAUUCACUUUUAACUAAAAAUAUUUGUUUUCUACGGUGAAAAUAAAGUGAUACUUUUUCCUUAGCUCA